GAGAAAACGCGUAUGAACUUUAACAAACUUCGUCACUCACCAACAAAUCUCCUCGAAUUAUGGACCUAGGUGCCUCGUGUCGACUCCCAUCUACCGAUAAAGGCUUCUUCGCAUCAUCCUUGGAAUCAAUUCUUUCACGGGGUUACAUACCCCGUCUUCGUUCAACGCAAUUCCCUUCCCUUCCUAUUGACUUCCCCGCGUAUACUUCACUCCCCCGUAGUCGAUCAUCCCGUUCUCUCUAUUCGUUUCCUCUCAUUAUCACAUUCGACCACCUCCCGAUUCUAUCACCGAAUACCAGCCCCAUCUUAUUCAUGUGCUCAUCCUUAUCAAGCCCCUUCAUUCCCUUCGUGCAGCCGCCAAACAAACACUUCCACGUGUUCUCCCAGUUCCUUGCUGAUGGUCACGGCGUAGAUUGAGAAGCAUAAGGCAGUAUGCGAGAAGACGGAUGCCAGCGGGGAGUGCAGCGGCCAUCCCAACUGAGACUACACUGUGAUAACUUAGAUGAUGAAAAUUCGGCUGGCGAAUACAUGGAUCAUGUCUCUUUGCGCUACAGACUUCAGAUCCAGUUCUCUCUUCCGGACCUGUACCCUGCCACGUCGCUCGUGGAGAUGACGGAGAGAACAUCUUUGAUCACCAUUUCCUCCGUUGAUCAUCUCGAGUCUAAACUCUCAAUUUCAUGGAGCCCACAGUCCUCUAUUGUUCUGCAGUCAAAUAAGUCCCAAUCAACGACCUCACCCCUCCCCUCUCCCGCACCGAAAUCCCCAUCAGGGUCCAACCUAACACUCCUGAACAUGGUGCGUCCCGCCUACCACUCUGAACUUGCCCUCCAUCUCCUCAACCCACACUUGCAACGCUUAUCACUCUCCAUGAAGUACUACCUUCCGCCUUUCGACAAACUCUCCAGCCACGGUAGGAACUUCUCCUGUGCUCUGUAUUGGACCGUUUAUCUUUCCAAUCAGCAUUCUCAAGACACGAUUCCACCACACAAAGUCUCUGCCCAACGACAUCUACCAAGGAGUGGGCAUAUUUAAUGCCACCAUCACGUAUUGCACGUAUUUUAUAGGUUCAAUACAUGCAGCUUUCAAUCUAACUAUUGAUUAUGCUGUUUAUCCACCCAAGAUGUGACUUGCGAGAUAAAUCCAACUCCAGCCGUGCGCCACGGCGUGCCAUGCACAACAAACCUCAAAGAGAAUAGAGGUGUUGCGAGUCGUGCUGGAUAUCGAC